CGGGCUGACAUAACCCACCGCUCGUCCUUGACCGCCAGGAAGAAGCAGCUAAGAUGGCGGCCGCAGCAGUGAGGAGCAUCGGCUCCACUUUGGGUAAAAACCUCCGGGAGAUCCGCGUCCACCUCUGCCAGAACUCCGCGGCCAGUCAGGGGGCCAGAGAGUUUGUGGAGCAGCACUAUGUGACUCUGAAGAGGUCCAAUCCAGACUUCCCGAUCCGGGUCAGAGAGUGUUCUGGGGUCCAGGCCCGAGUCUGGGCCCGAUACGACUUCGGUAAAGAGAGCAGCGUGUCCGUGGACAACAUGUCAGCUGAUCAGGUGGCCGGUGCUCUGCAGACCCUGGUGCAGUCCAAACCCUGACAUCCCCCGCCCCCCGCUCUGCUGGAAGUGGUGCAGUCCAAACUGGCUUCAUUCACUUUGUAUGUAAAUGUGUUGAUAUGAAUAAACUGAAUAUUAUACCUGUC